CACACGCAAACAUAUAUAGUACAUAUAUAGCAAUAUAUAUAUAUAUAUUAAUUUAUCUUUAUAUAUAUAUAUAUAAAAGAGUCUGAGACGUGUGUUUUCGUUAAGCGGAAGGUAGCCACAGCAACGCGCAGCGGGAGCAACGAACGACGCGCCGACCAGGAAACAGGACCAACAGCAGGAACAGCAGGAGCAGCAGGAACAGCAGGAGUAGGCAACGAGGCAGCUAACAAGAAGGCCAACGCACACUCACACACUCCCAAACACACACACACACACAACAAACAGAGUAAUUUACUAAGAUGUCAUGGAGAUAUGCGCUACUCACCGACAGAUACAGCAGCAGCAUUGGCGAUAGAUAUAGUCCGCACUAUUAUCAGUCGCCCAGCCGCCUGGAAACCUCGGAACAGACGACGGGUCGGCAGCUGCAGCGAGUCCUGCACUACUCAAUGGCACCCUGCCGGACACUACCGGGCCUGAGGCGUGCCGAGUGCGCCAUACACGAUGUUGACUGUGAUGAGGUCUAUCCGGGCAUUUACAUAGGCGAUGCCGCGGCGGCCAAAAACAAAACCUAUUUGCGCAUGGCGGGCAUCACACACGUGCUGAAUGCGGCGGAGGGCUGUCGCUAUGGCCAGGUGGACACGGGACACAGUUACUAUCGGGAUAUGCCCAGCGUCAGACGUCAACAUAAGGAUUGCUUUUUUAGAUAUAUGGGCUUCCCGAUGAUCGAUGCGCCAACGACGGAUAUAUCCCGUUACUUCUAUGUGGCAGCCAAAUUCAUAGAUAGCGCCAUCAGCAGCGGCGGCAAAAUCCUGGUGCACUGCCUGGUGGGCAUGUCACGUUCGGCCACCUGUGUCCUGGCCUAUUUGAUGAUCUGCCGCAAAAUGUCCGCCGUAGACGCAAUACGCACGGUGCGCAUGCGCCGUGAAAUACGACCAAAUGAUGGCUUUCUGCAGCAGCUGGCCGAUCUCGAUAUGGAGCUGAAACGCAAAAAUCUUUACCCCUACUAAUACUAUAACAAAACCAUUCAAAACUUAUAAAUAAAAGCAAGCCCAACACAACCAAAGAUAUAUAUAUGUAUAUGUAUAUAUAUAUAUAUACACAAACACACACACACACACACACACAUAGUAUAUCUGUGUAUAUGCUAUGCCUAGGCUAAGACAAACCGAAUGCUGAUGAUUGGCUGAACUUAAUAAAUUGUUGUAUUACUAAGAGUUAUAAAAAAAAAAUAUUACAAAACACACACACACACAC